AUGCUAUUGCCCGCUGCUCGCUCGCUGUCCCGCCCGACGAGUCUCCAACUGAAACUGCCACAGAUCAAUGCCAGCUUCCCUUAUCUCUGGCUCCGCGACGCCUGCCAGUGUCCAAAGUGUGUCCACCCAUCGACACAGCAGAAGCUUCACAGACUGUCCGACAUCCCCGCCGAUAUCGGUCCUGCAACUGACGACGGUGUCGAUCUCAAGCAGGACGGUGCACACAUCAGGUGGACAGACGGACACGAGUCGUUCCACUCGUUCACCUUCCUCGAGCGGUACUCCUCUGCCUCGAGUCUCUCUUCUUUCCACCGCGACAUCCCCGCUGAGCCGUGGGAUGUAUCGGCCAUCUCCCAGUCUCCCGAUCUGUUCGUGCCAUACGACGAUCUCUCCCAGCCAUCGCGUCUUCUCAGUGCCAUCACACAGCUUACCUGCUUCGGACUGCUCCUCGUGACAGGCGUCCCAACUAACAAUACCGAGACUUGCGAAACUCGCAAAUUAGCAAAUCUUUUCGGGGAAAUUCGACCCACUCUUUAUGGGGAGGUCUGGGAGGUGAAGCAUGUCGUUGACAGUCGAAAUAUCGCAUAUACAAACCUCGACCUCGGGUUACAUUGUGAUCUACUAUACUUUGAGCAUCCCCCGCGAUACCAGAUCCUACACUGUCUCAGAAAUCGAGUCAUUGGCGGCAUGUCUAUCUUCGCAGAUGGACUGCACGUAGCAAAUACCCUUCGCAGAACCCAUCCCGAGGACUUCAACAUUCUAAGCACCACUCCGGUCCCUUUCCAUUAUAUCAACGAUGGACAUCAUCUUCACCACGAGCACCCGACUAUCGAGCUCGAACCGAUCCCCACAUCGCCAUCUGCAGAACGUACUGUGAAAUACAUAAACUAUUCACCUCCAUUCCAAGCGCCACUGCUCUUGAGCCCUGGACUACUGGAGUUCCAUACCGCAUUGAAGCAGUUUGCGACCCAGCUCGAUGCUCCAGGGAACCCCAUGGAAUAUGUCCUGCGUGAAGGAGACGCCGCACUGUUCGAUAAUCGCAGGGUCCUUCACGCGCGUACCGCAUUUGCAGACAUUGGCUGUGGCGUCGAUGGAGAGCCUAAUCGCUGGCUGAAAGGGUGCUAUUUGGAGGCAGACCCUGUUCUCGACCGUGGAAGAGUCCUUCGUGCUAGCGCCGAAAGUACGAAACCAGAACUUGUCAGCUGA